AUGUCCUAUGAAGCCUAUAUACGAAUACUGGCAAAAAUACAGGCAGCUGAUCCAGCAAACCGGUUUAAGAGACCAGAUGAGCUCCUUCAUUUUCUGAAGCUCAAGGUAUUUCCAACACUUGGUCAUAAGCCAGUGACAGUUGACCUGGCUAUUGGUUCUGAAAAAAGACUAAAGAUUUUCUUCAGCUCAGCAGAUGGAUAUCACAUCAUUGAUGCAGAAACUGAGAUUAUGUCUGAUGUGACCCUGCCAAAUAAUAAUAUCAUCAUUUUUCCUGAUUCCUUGGGAAUUGGCGUGAUGCUCACUUUCAAUGCUGAAGCCCUUUCUGUGGAAGCAAAUGAACAACUCUUCAAGAAGAUCCUUGCAGUGUGGAAAGACAUACCAUCUUCAAUAGCUUAUGAGUGUACACAGCAAACCACAAGAUGGGGCCAAAAGGCCAUUGAAGUCCGCUCUUUGCAAUCAAGGGUUCUGGAAAGUGAACUGAAGCGCAGGUCAAUUAAGAAGCUGAGAUUCCUGUGUGCCUGAGGU